AUGAUGAAGAGAAUUCUUCUAUUGUACGCUUUGUUUUACUCAUGUCAACUGAUCGAUGGCAAGAUUAAACAUAAUCUUUGGUGGAAUAUUGGUCUUGAAGGGCACAAUGAGAAUCUUUUAUCGACUUAUUCGUUUUUGAAUUCGGCAAAUCGAUAUGAAAUCAAUGAAGAUUCAUCACAAUACUGUCAAUCAACAUUGAGAAGUUUAACAACUGGACAAAAACAAAUUUGUUUGCUGCAUGCUGACCAUAUGCCGAUUGUUAUUCAAGGUGCGAGUAAAAGUAUUGAAGAAUGUCAACAUCAAUUUCAAGAUCGCCAUUGGAAUUGUUCAACAACACGGGACGGAUCUGUAUUCGGACCAGUUGCUGAUCAUGCAAACCGAGAAACCGCGUUGACCCAUGCAAUGUUUUCAGCUGGAAUUACAUAUGCGGUCAGUCGAGCAUGUAAACAAGGCUUUCUGAAAUCUUGUUCGUGCAGUCGAACGGCUCGACCAAAGAACUUACCACGGGAAUGGUCAUGGGGAGGAUGUGGGGAUAAUAUUGAUUAUGGAUAUCGAUUUAGUCGAGAUUUUGUUGAUACACCAGAAAAAGAAAUCGAUUCUGGUGUUUCGUACAAUCCAUUUAUGAAUGUGAAUCAAACAAGUUAUGGAGGAAGACGACAGAAACUAGUACGACGUGGACGAAUACGACGACAAAUGAAUAUACAUAACAAUGAAGUCGGACGACGAGCCGUUUAUCGACUAACAAAAGUUGUAUGCAAAUGUCAUGGUGUGAGUGGCUCCUGUAGUCUUCGAACAUGUUACCAGCAAUUGCCAACGUUUCGUGAAGUAGCUGCGUACUUAAAAGAAAAAUAUGAUAGCGCUGUGGAAGUUCGUUAUCAGCGACGUUUAGGAGAACUACGUUCACGUGAUCGACGAUUCGUUGGACCAACAAAAGACGAUUUAAUCUACUUUGAAGAAUCGAAUUUCUGUGAAUAUAAUCCUCGAAUCGGCUCAUUGGGUACAAAAGAUCGUCCGUGUAAUCGAACGAGUCAAGGACCUGACGGUUGUGCGACGAUGUGCUGUGGACGAGGUUAUAAUACAAUCCGAAAAUAUGUUCAAGAAACGUGCAAUUGUAAAUUUGUUUGGUGUUGCUCUGUACAUUGCGAAACAUGUCAUAAACUUAUGGAAAUUCAUGUGUGCAAAUAG